UCUCUACCAGUAGGCGGCGAUAAAAUCACAGAUGAAGCCAAUAACGUUUAACCUGGAAGAAGACGAGACAGCACGCGGAAAUUGUGUCACUGCAGUACAAACGUGCUAACGGCAGAGGAAGCCAAAGUGGUGUGCAGUCAUGUGGCCUGUAAUGUGGACUGCGUUGCGGACCUAUGCGCCUUACGUCACCUUCCCUGUGGCUUUUGUGGUAGGAGCAGUGGGCUAUCACUUGGAGUGGUUUAUCAGGGGUACCCCCAAACCUCGAGAGGAAGAAAAGAGUAUUUUAGAACUGAGGGAGGAAAGAAAGCUGCAAGAACAGGAGGGCAAGGACAGCACCCAGGUGCUCAGCCUGAAAGAAAAACUGGAGUUCACACCUAAAGCAGCUCUGAACAGAAACAGACCUGAAAAGAGCUAACUCGUGUCGGUGGAACAGACUUGUGUUAGCAGCUUCUCACCAGGAGGAUGGUGCUCUGGGAACAAGGGGGUGAACUGGAGGGUAAAAUCACUCAUUCUUUGCACCAUAACUACACUUCCUCACUUGUGGUUACCUGAGAGCAUGAACCUACCGGGAUGAACUUUGGACACUUUUUAAGCUCUAGAACAUGAUUUAAAAAACUAUUUGUUUCAGUUCAAGUGAAACUUAUGUAUGAUGUAUGGAAUUAUCUGUUAAUGCAGUCAAUGGUGCACUUGAUAAUGCAUUGAUAUGUAAUUACACUGUAUUUAUUUUAUCUUUGGAUGUUUAAGUAGUGACUAGGUUUCAUUUCAAUUGAUUGUCUGCAAAAAAAUUAAAGUUUCUGGGGUUGAAAGCAUAAAGGAAACUUUCUGACUUUGGUAUUAAGUCAUUCAAAAGUCAUUUGUUAUUUCACAUAAAGGAUUUCUGAAGUUACAAACCUGCCACAGAGUUUAUGAUUUAAUCUUUUCUGUAUGUGAAGGAAUAACUUCUGAUUGUGAACAUGCCGGCAUGGAAGAAAGACAGCUAUUUGUCGUUCUUUAUAUCUCGUGUUAACUUUGAUGGUAAAUGACAAAAUACGCCAGCAGAGUGUGAGGUUUCUCAGGAGGUGAUAAGCUGCUUAGGCAUAUUGUCUGGAACGUCCUCAUUAUACUUUCAUUUUAGAAAGUCUGUAUGGUAAACAAACACUGAAAUGUUUAGUUAUGUGUGUUUUAGAAAUAAGUGCUUAAUAAAGUAAAAUUAUAUUGUG